UGUCUUGUUGGGGCUCCGUCAGCCAAACAUGACCCAAAAAGUGUGUGUGUGUGUGUGUGUGUGUGUGUGUGUGUGUGUGUGUGUGUGUGUGUGUGUGUGUGUGUGUGUGUGUGUGUGUGUGUGUGUGUGUGUGUGUGCGUGUGUUGGAGUUGACCAUCAAGCGUAAUGCUGCACUCUAUAAGAGCCUGCUUGCUAAGCAUCAAAUAUUUAUAGGACAUUAGCCGCCAUCCUAUAGCAAAGAGAACAUUCUGGCGGACUUUGGAGUGCAUUACCCAAUUCCAGCCCAGGUUUUUGCCUUGUUCCAGAUUUAUUGUCUUUUAUCCGCCAUGUUUCUUGAGGAACACUCAAGUGGUGGUGCCAUGAGAUCGUAAAGCAGAACAAACACUAUUUACAGACGUGGCCUGGGGAUGUGUGACACUGUGUGAAAGGGAAGUGGAGAGACUAAGUGUUGAUUCGAGCGGCCAGACACUUGAAUGGCUGCUCUUCUUCCCACGACUGCUUUAUGGAGCAGAAACUGCUGUUGUUCCCCCCCCCUGAUUGAUGGCUGCGGCUCCGGGGCUGUUGGUAGUGUUUUGUUUGAGUAUUUACUGGAACGUUGGGAGGAUAAAAGUCCCACAGCAGCCAGUGACUGGCAGAGGAGCGAAGGAGAAGGAGAAGGAGAAGGAGAAGGAAAAGAAGGAGAAGGACAAAGAGAGAGAGAAAGAGAAAGAGAAAGAGAAAGAGACGGAGAAGGAGUAGAAGGAGAAGGAAAAGGAGGAGAAGAAAGAGAAAUAGUAGGAGAAGGAGAAGGAGAAUGAGGAGAAGAAGAAGGAGAAGGAGAAAGAGAAAGAAAGACGAGGGAGAAGGAGGAGAAGGAGAAGGAGAUGGAGAAGGAGAGGAAAGAGAAGGAGAAGGAGAAGGAGAAAGAGAAAUAGAAAGAGAAUGAGAAGGAGAUGGAGAUGGACAAGGAAAAGAAGGAGAAAUAGGAGGCAGAGGAGAAUUAAAGGGAGGAGGAGGAGAUGGCGAAGAAGGAUAAAGCGAAAGAGAAGGAGAGGGACAAGAAAAAGAAGGAUAAGGAUAAGGAGAAGGAGAAGGAGAGGGAGAAGGAAAAGAAGGAGAAGGACAAAGAGAGAGAGAAAGAGAAAGAGAUGGAGAAGGAGUAGAAGGAGAAGGAAAAGGAGGAGAAGAAAGACAAAUAGUAGGAGAAGGAGUAGGAGAAUGAGGAGAAGAAGAAGGAGAAGGAGAAAGAGAAGACGAGGGAGAAGGAGGAGAAGGAGAAGGAGAUGGAGAAGGAGAGGAAAGAGAAGGACAAGGAGAAGGAGAAGGAGAAGGAGACGGAGAAGGAGAAGGAGAAGGAGAAAGAGAAAUAGAAAGAGAAUGAGAAGGAGAUGGAGAUGGACAAGGAAAAGAAGGAGAAAUGGGAGGCAGAGGAGAAUUAAAGGGAGGAGGAGAUGGCGAAGAAGGAUAAAGCGAAAGAGAAGGAGAGGGACAAGAAAAAGAAGGAUAAGGAUAAGGAAAAGGAGAAGGAGAAGGAGAAAGAAAAUGAAGAAAAGAAGGAGAGGGAGAAGGAGAGGGACAAAGAGAAGAAGAAGGAGAAGGAGAAGGAGAAGGAGAAAGAGAAGGAGAGGGAGAAUAAGACAAAUGAGAAGGAAAAGGAGGAGAAAAAGGAGAAGGAGAGGGAGAAGGAGAUGGAGAAGGAGAAAUAGAAAGAGAUGAGAAGGAGAUGGAGAUGGACAAGGAAAAGAAGAAGAAAGAGGAGGUGGAGGAGAAUUAAAAAAAGGAGGAGGAGAAGGCUGAGAAGGAUAAAGCGAAAGAGAAGGAGAGGGACAAGAAAAAGAAGGAUACGGAUAAGGAGAAGGAGAAGGAGAAGAAGGAGAAGGAUAAGGAGAAAGAAAAUGAAGAAAAGAAGGAGAAGGAGAAGGAGAGGGACCAAGAGAAGAAGAAUGAGAAGGAGAAAGAGAAGGAGAGGGAGAAAAAGACAAAUGAGAAGGAAAAGGAGAAGGAGAGAAAUGGAGAAGGAGAGGGAGAAGGAGAUGGAGAAGGAGAAAGAGGAUGAGAAAGCAAAAGAGAAAGAGAAGGAGAGGGAGAAGAAUAAGAAGGAGAAGGAGGAGAAGCAGAAGGAGAAGGAGAUGGAGAAGGAGAAGGAGGAGAAGGAGAUGGAGAAGGAGAUGGAGGAGGAGAAGGAGGAGAAGGAGAUGGAGAAGGAGAAAGAGAAGGAAAAGGGAAAGGAAAAGGAGAAGGAGAAGGAGAAAGAGAAGAAGAUGGAGCUGGAGAAAAAGGAGAAGGAGAAGGAGGGGAAGGAAAAGGAGGAAGACGAGAACGAGAAGGAGGAGAAAAAGGAGAAGGACAAGGGAGAAAGAAAAAGAGGAGGAGAAGGAGAUGGAGAAGGAGAAGGAGAAAGAGAAAGAGAAAGAGAAAGAGAAAGAGAAAGAGAAGGAGAAGAAGGAGAAGGAGAAGAAGAAGGACAAGGAGAAGCUACAGAGGAGAUGAAUGGCAGCACUUGAGGGCAGAAAACAACAUAAGCAGCCAAAUGAGGACACAACCUCAGCUGACUGCUGCUUAGUGGCACCACCUGUACACUGUACAUGUUGACUGUUUCCUA